AUGGUCCAACUCGACUCCGCCCCAGCGCUGGUGGUGGUCGACAUGCAAAACGGCUUCUGCCACAAGCAAGGUAGCUUCGCAAAGAUGGGAAUGCAGUCCGACCCGACAGCCAUCGUUCCGCACAUCAACCGGCUGCGCGCCGCCUUCCACGCCGCCGACGUCCCGGUCUUCUUCGUGAGGACAGCUUACAACGCCGACUACUCUGACAGACGGCCGCACGACUGCGGGGAUCGGGUCGAGCGAUUGGGAGGGUUGCUACGGGGGUCUUGGGACGCCGAAAUGAUAGACGAACUCACGCCCGGACCCGGCGAGGAAGUCGUCGACAAGACCAGGAAUUCUGCCUUCCUUGGGACGUGUUCGCUGGACAAGAUCUUGAAGGAGCGCGGCGUCAACCAUCUGGUUCUGACCGGGGUGGGAACGGAUGUGUGUGUGGAGUCGACGGCGAGAGAUGCGUACCAGAUGGACUACCGCGUCACCACCGUGAGUGAUGCGACCGGGACGUGCACCGAGACAGACCAUCUGGCCGCUCUGCACGCCCUACGGAUUUUCGGCGGCACCGCGUCGACGGCUGAAGUGAUUGAGGCUCUGCAGGAGUUGGAAGAAAAGUAA